AUGGCGGAAGCGGCCCUGGUCGUCCAAUGUCUCUUUAGCUUCUUCUUCUUUCGCCGCCGCCAGUAUUGCGUGUUUUGCCAGUGCUGGGCCUUCAAUGCCCAAGUGGUGCAGUGGUGCAGUGCGAGUGCAAGCUUCGGCUGGGUGGAGUCCGAGUUCCUAGGUAGUCGACCCUCUGUCCCUCCCAAGGUCUUCCUUGCCCUACCCGAGCCUGGCUGCCACUGCCAUCAACUCUCCGGCCGCCACAAGUCGACUUUCACCGUCGACUGGCCCGUAUAG